GGCGAGCGAAGGAGGGAAACAAACUGGACGGAUGGGGCAACUGCGUCACGACUCUAUAUUAACCCAUAACUUAGGUAGGUAACUGCACCUAGUCGGUUUCUGCCCCUCUACCAUCGUCAUCAACCCCCAUCACCUUUAUGUAUCGUCACUCUUCUUGAUUCAUAUCAUACCCGAGUUACUAGUUGUUCGUCCUUGCCUGUCCUCUCUCGUUCGCUCUCUACCUACACUGCCACUCGCUUUGUACCCACUACCAGCGACAUCCCCACCACGAGGCAUUGCGGCUGAGUUUACUACGCCCUACCAUCUCCACGCAGAGACCUCAACUCCCGAUCGAUCUAAACGCAACUCCCCCUCUCUUCCAUUUGUCCUAUGAUCAACUGAUUUGUGGUUAUGUGACUGGAGUGCCCUCCUCCAUCUACCAAUCUUUGGUGAUUCAGUCAUGGCCACCACCGACAUGGAGCCUCUCUCCCCUCAGUCGACGCGGAGCUUGUCGCAGAGCGUUCUAGGACUGCGGGCACACAAGACUUCUAGCCUUUCAGCGCAAUCUCUACGCAGCAACGACGAUGCCACUCCUUCGCGACGAAAUAGUAUCCGCUCUUCGAUUGAUUCGACAAUGGAUAGACUAAGGUCCCGCGCAAACAGCGAACAGGCCGAACGAGGAAGCUUCUCCAAACUUUUGCCAAUCAAGAAGGAUCGCAGAAGAAGACGCUCACGACGGGACAAGGAGAAUGAUACACAAUCCUCAACGGAAGAAUCUCUACGAGGCCGCAGUCUUGAACCGCGACUUGAUUCCACUCAAGGAAGUGCCGUUGUUGAUGAUGUUAGUGAGGGCAACAAGAGCAGUAGCAGUCUGAUGACCUACGAUGAGUCGGAAGUAGAUACAUCACCGACAAGGCCAACCAUUACCCCUCACGACUCGCAUUCGGGCUACCUCACCCUUUCAUCCCCCUUGAUCAAUGUGUCUUCCCAUCCCGACGAAACACAGGCGCCGGCUCCAUCAGGCGAGACAGAGAACGACUCUGCAGUCAACACCCUAGAACUUCCUGCCCCUGUCCAAUCACCAGCCACCUUGGCCGCACCCAAGUCGGGGUCCCGCUCACGCUCCGUGUCUCCCCUGGGCAAAAUUCGUACUGCAUUUUCGUCUUCGAAGGGCAUCUCGAGCACUCAAUCAAGCCCCGAUCGUGCCUCAGUAAAAUCGUCGGGUAGCGGAAAGGAAAGUGCAAAGCGGAUCUCAACUUUUUUCGCAUCGAGGAGCCGUCGAAACAGUGUGGAUUCGCGCACAACUUCCAAGCCUGAAGAGAGCACAACUUUAAUCCCUACUACCGAGGACCCCACGUCGCCAUCAAAAGAGCCUUCAAAACAAGCACCAAAAGAGCGAGCCGGUCCGACACCCUUGCCACAAUUAAGCAUCUCUGCAGGCAAAACCCUAAUCAAGGACGCUCCUGCUACGACCAUUACUCCUCCCACGCCCACUGAUCCUCGUAUACUACCGUCUCCGCCGACCUCUCCUUCCAAAGAGCCGAGUAAGCCUGCCAUCCAAGUCACAUCACCGCGGUAUUCUGGAUUAGGCUCCAACCCCAAUAUCGUCACGUCCCCGUCGGGAAACAUGAUAUCACACCGUCGAGUGCGCUCAGCAUCGGCAGCCAAUCAUCCAAGUAAACUCUCGCACUCCAUCACGCCGCUUACGCCUACGGUUGAAGAACCGCUUACGCCCGGCGGCUCACUCUCGCCAUCAGCAGGUGCCGGCGGCUUCUUCUCCACAAUGUUUACCGCCGCGCAAAAUGCGGCCACUUCUCUCACCAACAGUCUGUCGAACACGUCCGUUGCUCAGCAGAGCCCCUCGAGAGGUCGUGCGGGUACUCCCGUGGCCGAGAGCCCACCAAUACUGGAAUCCAAAGAGGAAACACUAGUGCCUGGAGAGAAAGGCGAGGGCUCACCUACCGAUGAGCCCGUACCUGAGCCGAAGAAACUGGCCGUUGAAACACUUGGUAUGGGUGAUUUGAGUCUGAGUCACCUGGGCAUACCAGUCGAUUUGGCUCCUCCGGCAAAUGAUACAACACCGAGUGGAAAGACGGAGAGGACAUCUAUAAGUCCAAAGCGAGGCCGAUCGCGCACGACUACCCAAAUCGAAGACUCUCUUCGGCGCGGCCAUGAUCACUCUGCGGGAAGAGCAAUAGCGGCGGCUUACGCAGCGUCGGUUGACAGUGCGCCCGUAGCUAGGCCACGCUCGCUGCAUGAACAGAGCCUCGCUGGGGCUGAUGGUGCCUCGCUGAAUGGAAGUGAGCAAGAUAACGAGAGUGUCAUUAGACGAACUGGUAGUGUUCGCAGUCGCAUGGCUGGACGAAAUCGCAAAAGUUCAGCCGCGACCAAUACUACGUCUUCGACUGCUGUUGGAGGGGUUAAUCCCGCCGCUUCUGCCAGCUUGCCACGCCUGACUGGUUUUGCGGUGGCAAGCAAGAAGAGAAACAGGGAUUUUCAUCAAUUGUUUCGAAGCGUCCCUGAAGAUGACUAUCUAAUCGAGGACUAUAGUUGCGCGCUGCAACGGGAAAUCCUUUUAUCCGGAAGGCUUUAUGUGUCAGAAGGACACAUCUGUUUCUCGAGCAAUAUCCUGGGGUGGGUCACGACAUUGGUCAUUAGCUUUGACGAGGUCAUGUCGGUCGAGAAAAAGAGCACUGCGAUGAUUUUCCCUAAUGCCAUUGUCGUUCAAACGCUACAUGCCAGGAAUGUCUUUGCAAGUCUUCUCAGUCGAGACGCUACCUAUGACCUUUUGGUAGGAAUUUGGAAAAUUAGCCAUCCCAGUCUGCGCAGUUCACUGAAUGGCGUGCGGCUAGAAGAAGCUGGAGGAGGUGACAAGACUGAAAAGGCCGAAGCGAGUCCGAGCGAAGUUGGGUCUAUCGAGAUGGAUGAUGAGGAUGAAGAAGAGGUCUACGAUGAAGACGCGGAUGACGACGGUCUUGGCAGUUUUACUGAGCCUGGAGAUGGCAGCGUUAUCGGCAGUGAGAAUGGUGACGGAAAAGUACUCAGCCGAAAGACCUCCAUGAACAUUGGUGCCUCCGCGGGCGGGACAACAAAUGGAGCACAGACCAAUGGCGAUACGACUGUAUCUGCCAACGGUCUGGCUGGGGGUAAUGAUUUCCCCGGUCCUGCAAGUCACGCACCUACCGAAUGCGGUGAUCAAGACUCUCACUAUGACAAGACAGUGAAAGAUGAAGUUAUUCCUGCUCCGAUAGGAAAAGUAUACACCAUGAUGUUUGGCCCAUCAUCUGGUGCUUUCAUGUCGAAAUGGCUUACGGAAGAUCAAAAGGUGCUCGAAUUGCAGCUUGAUGAUGAUCAGAAGGGUUUAACGGAUGACAAUCGCACGCGGACUUACUCAUAUAUUAAGCCUCUUACUGCAUCUAUAGGACCCAAACAAACCAAGUGCAUUAUUACGGAGACCCUCGAUGCACUUGAUUUAGAAAAGGCGGUAUCGGUGACGGUAGCAACACAGACCCCUGACGUUCCUAGCGGGAAUGUCUUUAGCGUCAAAACAAAAUAUUGUCUUUCGUGGGCACCCGGCAACUCCACUCGGCUAGUGAUGAACUGUACCAUUGAAUGGACCGGAAAGAGUUGGCUCAAAGGCCCUAUCGAGAAGGGCGCAAGCGAUGGACAAAUGACAUAUGCAAAAGAUCUCUUUGCGGCGCUGCGUGCAGCUGUUUCGUCAAGGUCUCGUGCUGGCACUAUGACCUUGAAGCCAAAGGGCAAGAAGGGUCGCAAGCGACCUGCAGCAGAAGCGGCCAUCGUUGCUGCCGCUGCCAAGGAAGCCGAAGCAGCGGCGAAGGCGGCGAAAGCUCGAGAGAGCUGGGGUAUUCUCGAGCCACUGCGAGGGCCGUUGGGUCCUGUUGUCGAUCUUCUGAAGCCUAUAUUGACCGGAAAUUUCGUUCUCGGAAUCAUGUUCAUCCUUUUGGUAAUGAUAUGGAUCCGGCAGUCUCGACUCACUGCGAUGACAUCUGGAGGUGUUGGCAUAACCGGCCUAGGAAUCCCGGAGAGAAUUGCCGCAUACGAAGAAAUAUGGGCCAAGGAAGAAGGCGAGUUAUGGAAUUGGCUCGAAGACCGUGUUGGUCUUGCAGAUAUUGCAGCCCCUGUUAUGGCCGGCCGUCGUGACAACGAAGAUGACAAACAAUCCAAAACAAACAAGUAUCGUGAGGGACUAUCGCGAGGAAAUGAGCUAGCAGCAAGACUUGCGGCAGAGCGAAUGCGGGAGCGUGAGGUGGACGAUGCCAUCCGAAUUACCGAAGAGAGAUUACGUACAUUGAAGGAUGUUGUUGAGCGAAAAAGGGCGAUGCGCAAACAAUCUGAGCAGCCUGGGGCCAAACAGGCAUCAAAAUCACAAAAAACCCAUCUCACUGUUUGAGAAGAGACGGUAAACAUUUUGGCACAAAAGCUGCACAAUUUUUUUUCCUUCUUCUUUUACUCAUUGAUGGCCAAUCUUAAGCGUCUUGUAUAUAGCUGAGGGCGCUGCAAUCACUCCGGUGCGUUGGUUCCUUUCCGUCAGAUGCAUCGUGAAACAACUGUUCUACGAUGUUCAGGGACGAGUUCUUUCAUUUUACAUAUGAAGCGUCUUUUUCCUUUGUUAAAUAGCGGUAACGGUGAUAUGGUGCUUUCACAGCAGUGCAUUAUCGUUAAAUUUUUGUUUCGGGGCGCGAAUUCCGAUACCCUUUAGGGAGAUAGCAUCAAUUCAGGCGCUAGUGGU